CACUGGAUAUCAAACAAACCCGACCCAAAUUCAGUGUCGUCACCACACCCCACAACUCACCACCAAAACCCAUCGAAUUGCCUGAGUCUGCAGAAAAGAAACCCCCAUUCUCAAGUACUGAACCACCGUCGUUGCCGCCUCCGGUCGAAAUCGUCUAGUGGAUUUAAAUCAUGUCUUGGUGCACUAUCGAGUCGGAUCCUGGUGUUUUUACCGAACUUAUACAGCAGAUGCAAGUUAAAGGCGUUCAGGUUGAGGAGCUGUAUUCAUUGGAUCUCGAUUCUCUGGAUAGUCUGAGGCCAGUGUAUGGGCUGAUAUUCCUCUUCAAAUGGCGUCCCGGAGAAAAGGAUGAUCGUCUUGUAAUAAAGGAUCCAAACCCAAACUUGUUUUUCGCCAGCCAGGUGAUAAAUAACGCCUGUGCAACUCAAGCAAUCCUCUCAAUUCUGAUGAACAGUCCCGAAGUUGAUAUUGGGCCAGAGCUGUCGGCACUCAAAGACUUCACCAAAAAUUUCCCGUCCGAGCUCAAAGGUCUGGCCAUCAACAACAGUGAAGCAAUCCGUACAGCACACAACAGUUUUGCAAGGCCCGAGCCAUUUGUACCUGAAGAGCAAAGAGCAUCUGGAAAAGACGACGAUGUCUAUCACUUCAUAAGCUAUAUACCUGUUGACGGUGUACUUUACGAGCUAGAUGGGCUUAAGGAGGGGCCCAUAAGCCUCGGUCAAUGCUCCGGUGGUCAAGGUGAUAUCGAUUGGCUACGUUUGGUACAACCGGUUAUUCAAGAGCGUAUAGAGAGGUACUCGCAAAACGAGAUUAGGUUCAAUCUAAUGGGGAUAAUAAAGAACAGGAAAGAGAUUUAUACUGCCGAGCUAAAAGAUUUGCAGAGGAAGAGAGAGAGAAUUCUUCAGCAGCUUGCGGCUUUGCAGUCGGAGAGAAUGGUUGAUGGAGGAAAUGUGGAAGCGCUGAAUACAACACUUUUGGAGAUAAAUGGUGGGAUCGAAAGUGCGACUGAGAAGAUACUGAUGGAGGAGGAGAAGUUCAAGAAGUGGAGGACUGAGAAUAUUCGGAGGAAGCAUAAUUAUAUUCCGUUUUUGUUCAACUUUUUGAAGAUUCUCGCCGAGAAGAAGCAGUUGAGACCUCUCAUAGAGAAGGCCAAACAGAAGGCGAACAAGUCUUGAACUGAGUACUGAUCGAAUGAAAAUGCAGUUUUGUUAAAUUUGACAUGUUAACUGUAAAACUGUUGAUGAUUUUGAUGCGGUGAUGUCGUUGUUUGGAUACUUAUUCGAAAGGAUCUUGUAGAUUCUUUAUUACUUUUGCUUACUGUCCCUUUUAAUGAUACCUCCGUUCGAAAUUUAUUGUUUACUAUUUCUCGUGUCAGCCCCUAUUCUUGCUGCAUACAAGUAUAAAUUUUUAUUU